AUGGCAUCCUCUUCCCUCACCGGGCUCUUCAGCCGCCUCUCCCUCCUCUCACGAACCACCACAACCACAACCAUGACAACAACCCCCCGCCUCUUCUCGACAACCUCCUCCUCCCUCGCCCGCAAACUUCCCACCCCAGCCUCCGCCCCCAAAGCCGCCCGCCGCAACCGCUCGGCCCCGAAAUCCGAAAACUUCAACCGCAUCCGCACCCUCCGCCGCAACAUGUUCUCCCCGGCGCCCCCUCCCCUGCGCAUGGCCCGCCAGCGCUACCUCCGCCACUGGACCAUCCACCGCGCCUGGAUGCUCUUCCGCCGCAAGCAGCACGAGGCCAUCGAGAAGGAGAGGAGCAGGAUGCACGCGGGCAUGUACAAUGCCUGCGAGGAGCUGCGCAAGACGGUCGGGCCUGGGUCUAGGGGCGAGGGAUAUCUGUACCGAGUCGCCAUGGAGAAGAAGGGCGUCUAUGGGCUUGAGGGCGUGCCGAUAGAGUAUGCUAGGUUCCAGACGGAUAGCCCUGCGAAAGAGCCGUGGAAUCACGACUGGAAGAGGUAG